AUGAAUCGGAGGCAACUCGCCGAGCGCACAGACAUUUUGGAAUGCGCCUGGCAUAAGCGGCAAGAGGAGGGCGGAGAGGAAGAGGAUGAGGAUCAUCAGAAACCGAUCGUCGAUCAGGCACAGUUGGAUGCUGAGGCUGACGCAGAAGAUGCCAGGAUGCGGGCGAGACGGGUGAAGACUUUUUCGACUUCGGAUGGCUGGGCGACGAGGGAACGAGCGCCAAAUGAGUUUGAACAUAUCUCCCGUUGGCGUGCACUAACCGUCUACCUGACUUGGGUGGUGCUGAUCAUGUUCGCCUACGUCAGGGAAUUUCUUCGGAACUGGGGCAUCGAAACAAGCCACAUUAAGGUCGAGCUGGACAAGCAAAAGCAAUUCACCCCACUCUUCGAUGAUUUUGCCGCGGUCUACCAAAGAAAUUGCUAUGUGAACCUUCUCGACCGCUACACUGACGAUGGUGGCUGGACAUUCAAG